GCCUGGCCGCAGCCAAUAGGAAGGCAGCGCGGGCUCGGGCGCAGGGAGCCGCCGCCGGGGCUGUAGGCGCCAAGGCCAUGUCCGACUCGUGGGUCCCGAACUCCGCCUCGGGCCAGGACCCAGGGCGCCGCCGGAGGUCCUGGGCCGAGCUGCUGGCGGGAAGGGUCAAGAGGGAAAAAUAUAAUCCUGAAAGGGCACAGAAAUUAAAGGAAUCAGCUGUGCGCCUCCUGCGAAGCCAUCAGGACCUGAAUGCCCUUUUGCUUGAGGUAGAAGGUCCACUGUGUAAAAAAUUGUCUCUCAGCAAAGUGAUUGACUGUGACAGUUCUGAGGCGUAUGCUAAUCAUUCUAGUUCAUUUAUAGGCUCUGCUUUGCAGGAUCAAGCCUCAAGGCUGGGGAUUCCCGUGGGUAUUCUCUCAGCCGGGGUGGUUGCCUCUAGCGUGGGACAGAUCUGCACGGCUCCAGCGGAGACCAGUCACCCUGUGCUGCUGACUGUGGAGCAGAGAAAGAAACUGUCUUCCCUGUUAGAGUUUGCUCAGUAUUUAUUGGCACACAGUAUGUUCUCCCGUCUUUCCUUCUGUCAAGAAUUAUGGAAAAUACAGAGUUCUUUGUUGCUUGAAGCUGUGUGGCAUCUUCACGUACAAGGCAUUGUGAGCCUGCAAGAGCUGCUGGAAAGCCAUCCCGACAUGCAUGCUGUGGGAUCGUGGCUCUUCAGGAAUCUGUGCUGCCUUUGUGAACAGAUGGAAGCAUCCUGCCAGCAUGCUGAUGUCGCCAGGGCCAUGCUUUCUGAUUUUGUGCAAAUGUUUGUUUUGAGGGGAUUUCAGAAAAACUCAGAUCUGAGAAGAACUGUGGAGCCUGAAAAAAUGCCGCAGGUCGCGGUUGAUGUACUGCAGAGAAUGCUGAUUUUUGCACUUGACGCUUUGGCUGCUGGAGUACAGGAGGAGUCCUCCACUCACAAGAUCGUGAGGUGCUGGUUCGGAGUGUUCAGUGGACACACGCUUGGCAGUGUAAUUUCCACAGAUCCUCUGAAGAGGUUCUUCAGUCAUACCCUGACUCAGAUACUCACUCACAGCCCUGUGCUGAAAGCAUCUGAUGCUGUUCAGAUGCAGAGAGAGUGGAGCUUUGCGCGGACACACCCUCUGCUCACCGCACUGUACCGCAGGCUCUUAGUGAUGCUGAGUGCAGAGGAGUUGGUUGGCCAUUUGCAAGAAGUUCUGGAAACGCAGGAGGUUCACUGGCAGCGAGUGCUCUCCUUUGUGUCUGCCCUUGUUGUCUGCUUCCCAGAAGCGCAGCAGCUGCUUGAAGACUGGGUGGCGCGUUUGAUGGCCCAGGCAUUCGAGAGCUGCCAGCUGGACAGCAUGGUCACUGCGUUCCUGGUGGUGCGCCAGGCAGCACUGGAGGGCCCCUCUGCGUUCCUGUCAUAUGCAGACUGGUUCAAGGCCUCCUUUGGGAGCACGCGAGGCUACCAUGGCUGCAGCAAGAAGGCCCUGGUCUUCCUGUUUACGUUCUUGUCAGACCUCGUGCCUUUUGAGUCUCCCCGGUACCUGCAGGUGCACAUUCUCCACCCACCCCUGGUUCCCAGCAAGUACCGCUCCCUCCUCACAGACUACAUCUCAUUGGCCAAGACACGGCUGGCCGACCUCAAGGUUUCUAUAGAAAACAUGGGACUCUACGAGGAUUUGUCAUCAGCUGGGGACAUUACUGAGCCCCACAGCCAAGCUCUUCAGGAUGUUGAAAAGGCCAUCAUGGUGUUUGAGCAUACGGGGAAAAUCCCAGUCACCGUCAUGGAGGCCAGCAUAUUCAGGAGGCCUUACUACGUGUCCCACUUCCUCCCUGCCCUGCUCACACCUCGAGUGCUCCCCAAAGUCCCUGACUCCCGUGUGGCGUUUAUAGAGUCUCUGAAGAGAGCAGAUAAAAUCCCCCCAUCUCUGUACUCCACCUACUGUCAGGCCUGCUCCGCUGCUGAAGAAAAGCCAGAAGAUGCAGCCCUGGGAGUGAGGGCAGAACCCAGCUCUGCUGAGGAGCCCCUGGGACAGCUCAGAGCUGCACUGGGAGAGCUGAGAGCCUCCAUGACAGACCCCAGCCAGCGUGAUGUUAUAUCAGCACAGGUGGCAGUGAUUUCUGAAAGACUGAGGGCUGUCCUGGGCCACAAUGAGGAUGACAGCAGCGUUGAGAUAUCAAAGAUUCAGCUCAGCAUCAACACGCCGAGACUGGAGCCACGGGAACACAUGGCUGUGGACCUCCUGCUGACGUCUUUCUGUCAGAACCUGAUGGCUGCCUCCAGUGUCGCUCCCCCGGAGAGGCAGGGUCCCUGGGCUGCCCUCUUUGUGAGGACCAUGUGUGGACGUGUGCUCCCCGCAGUGCUCACCCGGCUCUGCCAGCUGCUCCGUCACCAGGGCCCGAGCCUGAGUGCCCCACAUGUGCUGGGGUUGGCUGCCCUGGCCGUGCACCUGGGUGAGUCCAGGUCUGCGCUCCCAGAGGUGGAUGUGGGUCCUCCUGCACCUGAUGCUGGCCUUCCUGUCCCUGCGCUCUUCGACAGCCUCCUGACCUGUAGGACGAGGGAUUCCUUGUUCUUCUGCCUGAAAUUUUGUACAGCAGCAAUUUCUUACUCUCUCUGCAAGUUUUCUUCCCAGUCACGAGAUACUUUGUGCAGCUGCUUAUCUCCAGGCCUUAUUAAAAAGUUUCAGUUCCUCAUGUUCAGAUUGUUCUCAGAGGCCCGACAGCCUCUUUCUGAGGAGGACGUAGCCAGCCUUUCCUGGAGACCCUUGCACCUUCCUUCUGCAGACUGGCAGAGAGCUGCCCUCUCUCUCUGGACACACAGAACCUUCCGAGAGCUGUUGAAAGAGGAAGAUGUUCACUUAACUUACCAAGACUGGUUACACCUGGAGCUGGAAAUUCAACCUGAAGCUGAUGCUCUUUCAGAUACUGAACGGCAGGACUUCCACCAGUGGGCGAUCCACGAGCACUUUCUCCCUGAGUCCUCGGCUUCAGGGGGCUGUGACGGAGACCUGCAGGCUGCGUGUACCAUUCUUGUCAACGCACUGAUGGAUUUCCACCAAAGCUCAAGGAGUUAUGACCACUCAGAAAAUUCUGAUUUGGUCUUUGGUGGCCGCACAGGAAAUGAGGAUAUUAUUUCCAGAUUGCAGGAGAUGGUAGCUGACCUGGAGCUGCAGCAAGACCUCUCAGUGCCUCUCGGCCACACCCCUUCCCAGGGGCACUUCCUCUUUGAGAUUUUCCGCAGACGGCUCCAGGCUCUGACAAGCGGGUGGAGCGUGGCUGCCAGCCUUCAGAGACAGAGGGAGCUGCUAAUGUACAAACGGAUCCUCCUCCGCCUGCCUUCGUCUGUCCUCUGCGGCAGCAGCUUCCAGGCAGAACAGCCCAUCACUGCCAGAUGCGAGCAGUUCUUCCACUUGGUCAACUCUGAGAUGAGAAACUUCUGCUCCCACGGAGGUGCCCUGACACAGGACAUCACUGCCCACUUCUUCAGGGGCCUCCUGAACGCCUGUCUGCGGAGCAGAGACCCCUCCCUGAUGGUCGACUUCAUACUGGCCAAGUGCCAGACGAAGUGCCCCUUAAUUUUGACCUCUGCUCUGGUGUGGUGGCCGAGCCUGGAGCCUGUGCUGCUCUGCCGGUGGAGGAGACACUGCCAGAGCCCGCUGCCCCGGGAACUGCAGAAGCUACAAGAAGGCCGGCAGUUUGCCAGCGAUUUCCUCUCCCCUGAGGCUGCCUCCCUGGCACCCAACCCGGACUGGCUCUCAGCUGCUGCACUGCACUUUGCGAUUCAACAAGUCAGGGAAGAAAACAUCAGGAAGCAGCUAAAGAAGCUGGACUGCGAGAGAGAGGAGCUAUUGGUUUUCCUUUUCUUCUUCUCCUUGAUGGGCCUGCUCUCGUCACAUCUGACCUCAAAUAGCACCAGAGACCUGCCAAAGGCUUUCCACGUUUGUGCAGCAAUCCUCGAGUGUUUAGAGAAGAGGAAGAUAUCCUGGCUGGCACUCUUUCAGUUGACAGAGAGUGGACCAAUGGGCCUAUCGUGGGGACUGCCUCUCUCUGCACCACACCCACCCUCCUGCAAGAGGUCGACCCCCCAUCCUCUCCCAGCUGCUGACAGGUACCUGGGUAUCCUCAGCUCAGGCUGUUCGCCCCACACUAUCCCCACAGCCAGGCCUCCCAGGGUACACGUCCCGACCCCCAGGGGUGUCCCCAGCACUGAUAAUAGGCAGAGAUGUCCAGAGUUGCCUGAGCCACUUCUUGGUGUUGCAGACCUCAGGCUGGGGCGGCUCCUCCUCCGUGUGGCCCCGGAUCAGCACACCAGGCUGCUGCCUUUUGCUUUUUACAGUCUUCUCUCCUACUUCCAUGAAGACGCGGCCAUCAGGGAAGAGGCCUUCCUGCAUGUUGCUGUCGACAUGUACUUGAAGCUGGUCCAGCUCUUCGUGGCUGGGGAUACAAGCACAGUUUCACCUCCAGCUGGCAGGAGCCUGGAGCUCCAGGGUCAGGGCAACCCUGUGGAACUGAUAACAAAAGCUCGUCUUUUUCUGCUGCAGUUAAUACCUCGGUGCCCGAAAAAGAGCUUCUCACACGUGGCAGAGCUGCUGGCUGAUCGUGGGGACUGCGACCCAGAGGUGAGCGCCGCCCUCCAGAGCAGACAGCAGGCUGCCCCUGACGCUGACCUGUCCCAGGAGCCUUAUCUCUUCUGACGGGACCUGCCACUGCACACCAGCCCAGCUCCCGUGUAAAUAAUUUAUUACAAGCAUAACAUGGAGCUCUUAUUGCACUAAAAAGUGGAUUACAAA